AUGAAUUCCUGCGACUCGAAUGCUGUUGAGAACCCAUCAAAUUGGAAGACCGGCGGUACGCUUCAAGUAGACCCAGUUACGUACCGGAUUGCUCCUCAAAGCAAUCAGAAUCACACAGCGAGAAGAUGUUGGUCUCACCUCGAAGAAUUUCAAAGCUUUUUCGGACCAAGCAAGGAAGACGUUGUCUUCGAAGUACACAUACGAAAUAUAACAGAUGAUAUUGGAAAUGAUAUUCCGGUUAUGAGGAGUGGAGAGGAUGGUUCAAAAAAUAUUAAAAAAGUCGCCGGUGAUGGAAAUCCUUACAUUUUCAACACCACGUUACCUCUUCCUCUUGUCAUUACCCCGGAGUUUAAUGGUAACCCACCUAAUUACAUACAAUUUGUGUAUGGGAGCCAAUCUUGGACUACAAACGUGCAUUCUGGGAUGCCAUACUGUAGUGUUGGUGAUUGGGAUAGUCCUGGGACUCCUUCGGAUGCAAUUUCGGUGAGAGCAGUAUCUCUUGAUGAUUUCGGAUAUGGGCUAAUGUAUCAAUUUGUCUAA